AUGCUGAGCAUCGCUAACACAUACCUCGACCAGUACCGCCCACCAGGCCGCAGCGCGCGCUCCGGCCGCACCCAAAACGACAACGACGUCUUCGAAGGCCUUCCCGUCAAACAAUGGGGCCAACGACUAAGCCAUGUCUCGCUCGCGCCUCCCAAGUCCGACGAGGCGGGCAAGGAGAACGACAAAUGGGCUGAACCUCCAAUGCCGCGCGACUCCCACCUGUUACAUCCAUGGACACAACAUCUACUCCGCUUGGCGCGAAGUGGCAAAGUCGGCACGAAGCGCAAACCGGAUCCUGACAUGAUAGACGAUGACAAGGCGGAGGAUGAGGUGACUGAGGAGAGUAAGAAUGCUAUGGUGGUGGAUCGAGGCUAUGUGGCGAAGAAGUGGAAGCCUGUUCCGGAGGCUAUGCUUGAGCCAGAGCAUAAGCACUUUGAGUUUCUGGCGAAACGACGCAGAGGGAUGCCUUCGAUGUAUGGGCCGGAGCAAGCUAACGCGGCGCUGCAUGUGCCGAUGCGGAGGACGAAGGUGCAGCGUCAGACAGCAGAAGGAGAGACCGUGGUCUACGAUGUUUUGGUACCUGAGGGACAAGUUCUGAUGCAUGAGAUUGAUGCUGCCGCUCUGACCGCCAACCCAGUACUUCUGGACCUCGCACCCGUUGCACCAGCAGCGGGGACCACGAUAGAAGGCCUCGGCGUCGCCAACGAGGAAGGCGUCAUUGUAGCCGAGCAUCUCAGGCCCUCAGCUGCGCUUGGGGGAGCAGCACGCCGCAACCGUCCACCUCCAAAGAAGAAGGGCGGGCCCGGCAGGGGCAAGAAGCGCGUCACGUUCACGAACCCGGAUGGUAGUACCUAUACUACGGUUGUCCCGAAUGCGACGAAGAUUGUGCCGCAGCCUGGGCAGACGGUGAAGCAUGUCGCUAAGGGCGAGGAGCCUGGGAAGGAUAUCUCUGCCGAGGAGGCUGCGAAGCACAAGAAAGAUGAGCCUGAUGGUGAAGAGGGUGGAGAGGGCGAAGAAGGGCAAGGAGAGGAGGGCAGUGACGAGGAAGGCAGUGACGAGGGUGAUGAUGAUGGUAGGGAGGAGGGUGAGCUCUCAGAUGAUGAUGCGCAAAAGAGCACUGCGAAUGCCACACCGGUGCCUGCGGAGAAGAAGGCAGAGUCGGAGAAGGCUGGUGAAGCGAGCGAGAGCAAGAAGCAAGAAGGCGAAGAUGUGAAGAUGGAAGAUGCACCCGCGCCUACACCUGCAGCGGCAGUACAGGCUCGUGAUCCAUCGUCAUCCCCAGAAACACCGCUGGCGAAGACAGCAACACACAGUCGGCAAGCCUCCACUGUAGCACCCACUCCCGCCGAACCUGCCACAGCAGAACCCUCAGCUCCCACUACUACCACCUCCGCCCCCGCCGACCCCGAACCAGCCCGCUUCGAAGACGGCGACGAAGACCUCCUCGGCAGCCUCGAAAACUCCCUCAACAACCACAACGGCCCCUCCCCCAACGGCCCCUCCCCCAACAAUGACACCGGCGCCGCCACAGGCGAAGCUGAAAGCACGUCUUAG